AUGAUCACCGAUACCCAACUCUCAUUAUUGGCCAACUCUAUGGGUGCAAUUGCAAUGAUUCUUAUUGUUGCCUAUCAUUUCUUGACCGCCACUCCAGUUGCUCACCAAAAGCGUGAUUAA